AUGUGGUGAGAGUAUACUAAACCAAAAACCCGGACCCCUUCCCCGUCUCAGGCACAAGGUUCCACUCUUAGGUUUCACCUGCUUCAAAUUUGUACAAAACCUCUGCUUACACAAACUGAAAUCCUGGCUGGGGAGCACCAACGGAACCUCAUGGGAGAGUGGGGUCUUCUGCCACAAAUUCCAGGCCCAGGGACACAAUCCCAGUCCUACCGCACCACCCACCCCUGACCUGGUCCGUAAUGUUUUCCCUCAAAAUACACCCAGAACCCAUGUCUCCCUCCUGAGGGGGUCAACCUCAGUCUAGAAGAGAAUUUUCAUCUGAAUCUGAGGUGGAGAUUGACACUGGCCAUUUGACCAUUCUCUCGCCAGCACCCAGGGAUCCGGGGCCACUCCCUCCUCACUGGAGGACUUGGAUCCAUCCACUUAAAGCCACACUUCCAGACCCCCAGCUCUAGUCACAGCUCCGGAGUCCUGACUCCUAGCUCACACCUUCCCAGCCCUUGAUGGAGGAAGGCAGACCUCGGAGCAGCCUCAGCCUGGCCAGCAGCGCCUCUACCAUCUCCUCCCUCGGCAGCUUGAGCACCAAGAAGUCCACCCGGGCGGUAAGCAAGGUGCAUGCCUUCGGGAAGAGGGGCAAUGCGCUCAGAAGGGACCCUAACCUCCCCGUGCACAUCCGAGGCUGGCUUCAUAAGCAGGACAGCUCCGGGCUCCGGCUCUGGAAACGCCGCUGGUUCGUCCUCUCUGGCCAUUGCCUCUUCUAUUACAAGGACAGCCGCGAGGAGAGCGUCCUGGGAAGCGUCCUGCUCCCCAGCUACAGUAUCAGGCCAGAUGGUCCAGGAGCCCCCCGAGGGCGGCGCUUCACCUUCACCGCGGAGCACCCGGGCAUGAGGACCUACGUUCUGGCGGCUGACACGCUAGAGGACCUGAGGGGCUGGCUACGGGCGCUGGGGCGGGCCUCCCGCGCGGAGGGGGACGACUGUGGGCAACCCAGGUCAUCUGCACGUCCCCAGACUGGGGAGGGCCCUGGCGGCCCCGGUGGUCCCCCAGAGGCGAGCAGAGGGGAAGAGGGGCGCGGCUCAGAAUCACCGGAGGUGGCUCGUCUCUCCAGAGGUCGUGGCCGGCUGCUCACUCCCAGCCCCCUGGCUGACCUCCAAUCUGGACCCCGAAUUUGGAGGACAAGGAGCCCAGACCUGUUCACACCCUUCUCUCGCCCUCCCUCCCCUCUGAGCCUCCCCCGGCCCCGUUCUGCUCCUGCACGCAGACCCCCUCCCUCCUCUGGAGACACAGCACCUUCUGCCAGACCCCAUACCCCCCUGAGUCGCAUCGAUGUCCGGCCUCCCCUGGAUUGGGGCCCCCAGCGCCAGACACUCUCCAGGCCCCCCACUCCCCGACGAGGACCCUCCUCCGAGGCUGGGGGAGGAAGGGACCCCAGGAGUCCCCAGCACUGGAGUCAGGAGGCCAGAACCCCGUAUUCCUCCCAGGCCCCCUCUGGUUCCUCCACAUAUCUCCAGCUCCCUCCAAGGCCUCCUGGGACCCGGGCUUCCAUGGUUUUAUUGCCGGGUCCCCCUCUAGACUCAACCUUCCACCAAAGCUUGGAGACAGACACUCUGUUGACCAAGUUGUGUGGGCAGGACCGGCUUCUGAGGAGGCUGCAGGAGGAGAUAGAUCAGAGGCAGGAGGAGAAGGAGCAGCUAGAAGCAGCCCUAGAAUUGACUCGACAGCAGCUGGGCCAAACAACCAGGGAGGCUGCAGCUCCUGGGAGGGCUUGGGGGCGCCAGCGCCUCCUGCAGGACCGACUAGUCAGUGUGAGGGCCGCUCUUUGUCACCUGACCCAGGAGCGAGAGCGGGUUUGGGACAUGUACAACAGCCUGGAGCAGGAGCUGAACACCUUGAGAGAGACCCUUGAGUACCUGCUGCACCUCGGGUCCCCCCAGGACAGAGCAUCUGCUCAACAGCAACUGUGGAUGGUGGAAGACACACUGGCAGGUCUGGGGGGCCCCCAGAAACCACCCCACCGCACUGACCCUGACUCCCCACGCCCUGCACUCCAAGGCGAGGAGUCCUCAGAGAGGGAGAGCCUGCCUGAGUCCUUGGAACUGAGCCUACCCCGGUCCCCUGAGGCUGACUGGGGGCGGCCCCCAGGGGGCGACAGAGAGCUUGCCAGCCCUCGCUCAGGUGAGCGUCUUGGAUCUCCAAGGGUCUCCCGGGCUUCCAGCCCUGAGGGUCGCCGCCCCCCUUCGCCACAGCCAGGAACCAAGGAACCCGGAGUCCUGACUACCACUGCAAAGAGACCUGAUCUGUCCAGGGAAGUGUGGGUCCCCCUGGCCCGGCCCCGGAUGAGCGCUCAGGAGCAAUUGGAGAGAAUGCGCAGACACCAGGAGUACGGACGGCCUCUCCCUCGCCCAGCCUCCCCCCAGCUCCUCACUCUGGGGAGGACGCUGUCCCCAGCCGGACGCCAGCCUGACGCAGAACAAAAACCUGUCUUGGGACACUCAGGAGCCCAGAAAUGGCUUAGAAGCUCGGGGUCCUGGAGCAGUCCAAGGAACACCACCCCUUAUUUGCCGACAUCCGAAGGGCACCGGGAGCGAGUUCUCAGCCUCUCUCAAGCCCUGGCCACUGAGGCGUCGCAGUGGCACAGAAUGAUGACAGGUGGAAAUUUGGAGUCUCGAGGAGACCCUCUUCCCCCUGCCCCGCCGCCUCCGUCAGAGCCCCCGCCCCAGGUGUCCUCCCCCCCAAGAUCUCCUCCAGCUGCCAAUUCCCGCUCCUCGGGGUUCUCCCGCAGAGGUAGUGGGCGCGGCGCAGGCCCCGCCUCCUGGGAGCCGACGUGGGAUUCCGGGAUCGCCCCUCCCGCCCUAACCCAAGACGAGGGGGCGUGGCCUCUUCGAGUCACUCUGCUGCAGUCCAGCUUCUGACCCGCCUAAACGUGGCAACCAAUCAGAGAGUGAGGGCGUGGCCUGGAGGUACCUCCCGGAGAUCUGGAGCCUCUCCGGGAACCUGGGGGCGUGAUCUGGUCCCCUCAGGUGGCCUAGAAGGGGAGGGGUUUCUAUGGCCAAAGUUUGGUUUUCCCAACACUUGUCCAGAUUUGGAUUAAAACUUUGAACUUCUAGUGAAGAACUUUCUGUCUGUUUGAGGUUGUUACACUGGUG